CGAUCUAGUAUAUUACCCGGAGGCACGGUGGGCAAACCGCAGGCAGAGCAUUAACACCGCGGUGUAGCAUUUAUUUAUUUUUUCGUUGUGUUCAACACUCUAAAUUAACCGCAAACAUGCGUGAAAUCGUACAUAUGCAGGCUGGUCAGUGCGGAAACCAGAUCGGAGCCAAAUUCUGGGAAGUGAUUUCAGACGAGCACGGUGUUGACCCCACCGGAACCUACCACGGAGACUCCGACCUCCAGCUCGAGAGAAUCAACGUUUACUACAAUGAGGCCACCGGAGGCAAGUACGUACCACGUGCCAUCCUCGUGGAUCUCGAGCCCGGAACCAUGGACUCCGUUAGGUCCGGCCCCUUUGGUCAGAUCUUCCGACCUGACAACUUCGUGUUCGGGCAGAGCGGUGCUGGAAACAACUGGGCCAAGGGCCACUACACAGAGGGCGCUGAGCUCGUCGACUCCGUCCUCGACGUCGUCCGCAAGGAGGCUGAGUCAUGUGACUGUCUUCAGGGAUUCCAACUCACACACUCCCUGGGUGGUGGUACCGGAUCCGGUAUGGGAACACUGCUCAUCAGCAAGAUCCGUGAGGAGUACCCUGACCGCAUCAUGAACACCUUCUCCGUUGUACCAUCACCAAAGGUAUCCGACACCGUAGUCGAGCCAUACAAUGCCACCCUCUCAGUCCACCAACUUGUUGAGAACACCGACGAGACAUACUGCAUCGACAACGAGGCUCUGUACGACAUCUGCUUCCGGACCCUGAAACUCACCACCCCAACAUACGGAGACUUGAACCAUCUCGUCUCUGCCACCAUGUCCGGAGUCACCACCUGCCUCCGAUUCCCCGGUCAGCUGAACGCCGAUCUCCGCAAACUGGCCGUCAACAUGGUGCCCUUCCCUCGUCUCCACUUCUUUAUGCCUGGCUUCGCUCCACUUACAUCUCGUGGUAGCCAGCAGUACAGGGCACUGACCGUCCCUGAGCUCACCCAGCAGAUGUUCGACGCCAAGAACAUGAUGGCUGCAUGCGACCCACGUCACGGAAGGUACCUCACCGUCGCCGCCAUGUUCCGUGGCCGCAUGUCCAUGAAGGAGGUCGACGAACAGAUGUUGAACGUCCAGAACAAGAACAGCAGCUACUUCGUUGAAUGGAUCCCCAACAACGUGAAGACCGCCGUCUGCGACAUUCCACCACGUGGUCUCAAGAUGUCCGCCACCUUCGUCGGCAACAGCACCGCCAUCCAGGAGCUGUUCAAGCGUAUCUCCGAGCAGUUCACCGCUAUGUUCCGUCGCAAGGCUUUCCUCCACUGGUACACCGGCGAGGGCAUGGACGAGAUGGAGUUCACCGAGGCCGAGUCGAACAUGAACGACCUGGUUUCCGAGUACCAGCAGUACCAGGACGCCACCGCCGAGGAGGAGGGAGAGUUCGACGAGGAGGAGGGUGAGGGCGAGGGUGAGGCAUAAACUCUUACCAACGAGUUACCCCAAGACCAACAAAAGCACACCAACGGACAACGACAAUGAUUACGAUUAAACACGCUCAAAUUGUUAUAUAUUGUUGAACUUUUUAAAUGUAGGAAUACUCUCGUCUACCAUGCAAUAAACGAUAAAACUGUGAUAAUACAAACUGUUUGUAUUGAACAAUGGUUAUACUUAUUUUGGUAAAUUUUCUGGUAGAACAAAAUUUGACCAAAUGUAUUUGCUUGAUUCCAUCGCGAAUGUUUUAUGUAUUUGAACCGAAACUGUUCGUCAUCAGUAUAUCGAAAAAACAGUAUUAAAUAAAAAAGUAAAAUAUA